AUGUCGCAGCUCCCUCCACCUCCUCCCCCCGGCUGGGGACCACCACCACCACCUCCUCCUCCUUCAUCAUCACUCCCUCCUCCACCGUCGACACCAGCUCCGCCUCCUCCUGGUUAUCGCCCACCGACCGAUCCCCAAGUUGCCAAGUUCGCCCAGAAGAAGAAAGAAUGGGUGAAGUCUCAACGCAAUCGCUUUGGGGAGAAGCGCAAGGGAGGUUUUGUUCAGACACAGAAGGCAGAUAUGCCCCCGGAACAUCUUCGAAAGAUUGUGAAGGAUAUUGGCGAUGUCUCGCAAAAGAAAUAUACAAAUGAUAAGCGAAGUUAUCUUGGAGCCUUGAAGUUCAUGCCGCACGCGGUCUUGAAGCUGCUUGAGAAUAUGCCAAUGCCGUGGGAAUCGGCGCGCGAGGUCAAAGUACUUUACCACGUCAAUGGUUGUUUGACUCUGGUCAACGAAAUCCCCCGAGUUAUCGAGCCUGUCUUCUUUGCGCAGUGGGCAAUGAUGUGGACAUUCAUGCGAAAGGAAAAGGCCGACAGACGACUAUUCAAGCGUAUGCGAUUCCCACCCUUUGACGACGAAGAGCCCCCUCUGUCAUGGGCCGAGAACUUGGAGGAUGUUGAACCCCUUGAGCCCAUCCAGAUGGAGCUUGAUGAGGACGAUGAUGAAGCUGUGUACGAAUGGUUUUAUGACCACAGGCCCCUUCUGGAUACACCUCACGUGAAUGGACCCAGUUACAAAGCAUGGAACCUCACACUACCUCAGAUGGCGACUCUGUUCCGUCUUAGUCGACCGCUUGUUUCUGAUGUUAUCGACAAGAACUACUUCUACCUUUUCGACCUCAAGAGCUUGUUAACAGCCAAGGCUCUUAAUGUUGCUCUUCCAGGUGGACCUCGCUUCGAGCCUUUGUAUAAGGAUAUCGACCCCAACGACGAGGAUUUUGGCGAGUUCAAUGCCAUUGACCGCAUUAUCUUCCGAAACCCUAUUCGAACCGAGUUCCGCGUGGCAUUCCCGUUCCUUUAUAAUUCUCUGCCAAGGAGUGUCCUCCACUCAUGGCACUCGCACCCCCAAGUUGUUUUCAACCGAGCGGACGACCCAGAUCUCCCGACGUUUCAUUUUGAUCGUCGCAUUAACCCUAUUUCCUCGCGAACCGUCGCCCCCAAGAACGUUGAAGUUCCUCACGAGGAUGAAAUAUUCGGGGUGGGUAACGUUGAAGAGCCUGAAGAGGAUGCGUUUGAACUACCGGCUGGGGUUGAGCCGUUCCUCGCUGAUGAGGAUAUCGAGAAUGAGGAGACAUCGUCUGCUGUCGACCUCUGGUGGGCACCAUACCCAUUCGACCGACGAUCCGGACGCAUGGUUCGAGCACAAGAUGUGCCCCUAGUCAAACAGUUCUACCUUGAACAUCCUCCCUCUGAUCGACCUCCUGUCAAGGUCCGAGUAUCAUACCAGAAGCUUCUUAAGAACUUCGUCCUGAACGAGCUUCACAAGAAGAAGCCUAAGGCGCAGAACAAGCAAAAUCUGAUGCGAUCUCUUAAGCAAACCAAGUUCUUCCAGCAGACUACCAUUGAUUGGGUCGAGGCUGGUCUGCAGGUCUGCCGCCAGGGUUUCAACAUGCUCAACCUUCUCAUCCAUCGCAAGAACUUGACAUAUCUUCACCUGGAUUACAACUUUAAUUUGAAACCUGUCAAGACUCUAACCACCAAGGAGCGAAAGAAGUCCCGUUUCGGAAACGCUUUCCAUUUGAUGCGAGAAAUCUUGAGACUCACAAAGCUUAUUGUUGAUGCCCAAGUUCAGUACAGACUUGGAAACAUCGACGCCUUCCAGCUUGCAGACGGUAUCCUGUAUGCCUUCAACCAUGUCGGUCAGCUUACGGGUAUGUACCGAUACAAGUACAAACUGAUGCACCAGAUUCGAACUUGCAAGGACUUGAAGCAUCUUAUUUACUACCGAUUUAAUUCCGGUCCUGUUGGUAAGGGUCCAGGUUGUGGUUUCUGGGCUCCUGCCUGGAGGGUUUGGCUCUUCUUUAUGCGAGGUAUCAUUCCUUUACUUGAGAGAUGGCUAGGAAAUCUUCUGUCCCGUCAAUUCGAAGGUCGACACAGCAAGGGAGUUGCCAAGACUGUCACAAAGCAGCGUGUGGAGUCUCACUUUGAUCUCGAGCUCCGAGCAUCUGUUAUGGCUGAUCUGAUGGACAUGAUGCCCGAGGGUAUCAAGCAAAACAAGGUUAAUACCGUGCUACAACAUCUGUCUGAGGCCUGGAGAUGUUGGAAGAGUAACAUCCCCUGGAAGGUUCCUGGCCUGCCUGCUCCUAUCGAGAACAUCAUUCUUCGAUAUGUCAAGUCCAAGGCCGACUGGUGGAUCUCGGUCGCUCACUACAACCGUGAGCGUAUUCGACGAGGAGCUACGGUUGAUAAGACUGUAGCAAAGAAGAACGUUGGUCGUUUGACUCGACUCUGGCUCAAGGCUGAGCAGGAACGCCAGCACAACCACAUGAAGGAUGGUCCUUACGUGUCUUCAGAAGAGGCUGUUGCCAUCUACACAACUACUGUGCAUUGGCUUGAGUCUCGUAAAUUUUCUCCUAUCCCCUUCCCCAGUGUUUCCUACAAGCACGACACCAAGAUCCUCAUUCUCGCACUUGAGCGGUUGAGGGAGGCUUACUCUGUUAAGGGUCGUCUUAACCAAAGUCAGCGAGAGGAGUUGGCUUUGAUUGAGCAAGCUUACGACAGCCCUGGCACUACACUGGAGCGUAUCAAGCGUUUCUUGCUGACCCAGCGAGCUUUCAAGGAGGUGAACAUCGACAUGAACGACAACUAUAGCACUAUCAACCCUGUUUAUGAUAUUGAGCCUAUCGAGAAGAUCAGCGAUGCCUAUCUUGACCAGUACCUGUGGUAUCAAGCGGACCAACGACAUCUUUUCCCUGCCUGGAUUAAGCCCUCUGACUCCGAGGUUCCGCCACUGCUGGUUUACAAGUGGGCUCAGGGCAUCAACAACCUUGACGGAGUGUGGCAAUCUGAAAAUGGCGAAUGCAAUGUCAUGAUCGAGACAGAGCUUUCUAAGGUUUACGAGAAGAUGGAGCUUACACUCUUGAACUCUCUUCUCAGGUUGAUUAUGGACCACAACUUGGCGGAUUACAUCACGGCAAAGAACAACGUCCAGCUGACAUACAAAGACAUGAACCAUGUCAACAGUUAUGGUAUGAUUCGUGGUCUGCAGUUCUCUGCGUUCGUCUUCCAGUUUUACGGUCUUGUUCUGGAUCUUCUUCUUCUGGGCCCUCAGCGAGCCAGUGAGAUUGCUGGUCCUCCUCAGAGCCCGAACGACUUCUUGCAGUUCCGUGAUCGCGAGACUGAGUCUAGCCACCCGAUCCGACUUUACACCCGAUACAUUGACAAGAUUUGGAUCUUCCUCCGAUUUACUGCCGAGGAAUCUCGAGACCUCAUCCAACGGUUCCUCACUGAGCAACCUGAUCCCAACUUCGAAAACGUCAUCGGCUACAAGAGCAAGAAGUGUUGGCCUAGAGAUUCUCGCAUGCGGUUGAUGCGUCAUGACGUGAACCUUGGCCGAGCUGUCUUCUGGGACAUGAAGAACCGCCUUCCUCGAUCUGUGACAACGAUAGACUGGGAUGACAGUUUCGUUAGUGUUUACAGUCGUGAUAACCCCAACUUGUUGUUCUCUAUGUGCGGUUUUGAGGUUCGCAUUCUUCCCAAGAUUCGCAACCAGAACGAAGAAUUCCCGGUCAAGGACAGUGUUUGGUCCCUUGUCGACAACACCUCCAAGGAGAGGACUGCCCACGCUUUCCUUCAAGUUACCGAGGAUGACAUCCAGAAAUUCAAUAACCGUAUUCGUCAAAUUCUCAUGUCGUCGGGUAGUACCACCUUCACCAAAAUUGCGAACAAGUGGAACACUGCAUUGAUUGCCCUCUUCACGUACUACCGCGAGGCCGCUGUUUCAACUGUCGACCUGCUUGAUACUAUUGUCAAGUGCGAGACCAAGAUUCAGACCCGUGUCAAGAUUGGGUUGAACUCCAAAAUGCCUUCUCGUUUCCCUCCUGCAGUUUUCUACACCCCCAAAGAGCUUGGUGGUCUUGGUAUGAUUUCGGGCUCCCACAUCCUUAUUCCUGCCAGUGAUAAGCGUUGGUCGAAGCAGACCGAUACCGGCGUUACUCACUACAGGGCAGGAAUGACCCACGAUGAGGAAACCCUCAUCCCCAACAUCUUCCGAUACAUUAUCCCUUGGGAGGCUGAGUUCAUUGACUCUCAACGAGUUUGGACUGAAUAUUCUCAGAAACGACUUGAAGCCAAUCAACAGAAUCGUCGUCUUACUCUUGAGGACCUCGAGGAUAGUUGGGACCGCGGUCUGCCCCGUAUCAACACUCUGUUCCAAAAGGACCGAAGCACCCUGAGUUUCGACAAGGGUUUCCGCGCACGAGCUGAAUUUAAGAUCUACCAACUGAUGAAGAACAAUCCUUUCUGGUGGACUAGUCAACGUCAUGACGGAAAGUUGUGGAACCUGAACGCCUACCGAACCGAUGUGAUCCAGGCUUUGGGUGGUGUUGAGACCAUUCUUGAACACACCCUCUUCAAGGCAACCGGAUUUCCAUCUUGGGAAGGCCUCUUUUGGGAAAGAGCCAGUGGGUUUGAGGACAGUAUGAAGUUCAAGAAGUUGACAAACGCUCAACGUUCGGGUCUGAACCAAAUUCCGAACCGUCGAUUCACACUUUGGUGGUCACCCACCAUCAACAGAGCCAACGUCUACGUGGGUUUCCAAGUCCAGCUUGAUUUGACUGGUAUCUUCUUGCACGGAAAGAUUCCUACUCUGAAAAUUUCAUUGAUUCAGAUCUUCCGAGCCCAUUUGUGGCAGAAGAUCCACGAGUCGGUCGUUAUGGAUCUGUGCCAAGUUUUCGAUCAGGAACUAGAAUCUCUGGGCAUUGAGACAGUUCAGAAGGAGACAAUCCAUCCCCGAAAGUCGUACAAGAUGAACAGUUCUUGUGCUGACAUCCUGCUGUUCUCCAAUCACAAGUGGAAUGUUACUCGGCCAUCACUCCUUUAUGACACCAAGGACGUGAUCGAGCAGACCACUACCAACAAAUUCUGGAUCGAUGUCCAGCUCCGAUAUGGCGAUUACGACUCACAUGAUAUUGAACGAUACACACGUGCCAAGUAUCUCGACUACACUACUGACAGUGCCAGUAUCUAUCCUUCAGCUACUGGUCUCAUGGUUGGCAUUGAUCUUGCCUACAACCUGUACUCUGCUUACGGAAUGUACUUCCCUGGCCUGAAGGUUCUGGUUCAACAGGCUAUGGCCAAGAUCAUGAAGGCGAACCCUGCUUUGUAUGUUUUGCGUGAACGUAUUCGCAAGGGUCUGCAACUUUACGCUUCAGAGAGUUCCCAGGAGUUCCUGAACUCUCAGAACUACUCGGAACUGUUCAGCAACCAGACUCAAUUGUUCAUUGACGAUACGAACGUUUACCGUGUCACCAUCCACAAGACCUUUGAGGGUAACUUGACAACCAAGCCCAUCAAUGGUGCUAUUUUCAUCUUCAACCCGCGAACCGGUCAGCUGUUCCUCAAGGUCAUUCACACAAGUGUCUGGGCGGGACAGAAGCGUCUAGGCCAGCUCGCCAAAUGGAAGACAGCCGAAGAAGUUGCUGCUCUGAUUCGUUCAUUGCCUGUGGAAGAACAGCCAAAGCAGUUGAUUGUCACAAGAAAGGGUCUUUUGGACCCUCUCGAAGUCCACCUGCUCGACUUUCCCAACAUUUCCAUUCGAGCAUCCGAGCUUCAGCUUCCCUUCCAGGCCGCCAUGAAGGUUGAGAAGCUUGGUGAUAUGAUUCUGCGUGCUACGGAGCCUCAGAUGGUUCUUUUCAAUCUGUAUGACGAGUGGCUCAAGAGUAUCUCAUCUUACACUGCCUUCUCUCGUCUUGUGCUCAUCCUACGUGCGCUCCACGUCAACCCAGAUAAGACAAAGCUCAUUCUUCGACCUGACAAGACCGUCAUCACACAUGAGCAUCAUAUCUGGCCAUCACUGUCAGAUGAGGACUGGAUCAAGGUUGAAACGCAGCUCCGAGAUCUUAUCCUGAAUGACUACGGCAAGAAGAACAAUGUCAACGUCUCUAGUCUGACGACCAGUGAAGUGCGAGACAUCAUCCUGGGUAUGGAGAUUUCAGCACCAUCGAUGCAGCGUCAACAGGCCGCCGAGAUUGAGAAGCAGCAGCAGGAGCAGGCACAGCUCACGGCUGUGACUACGAAGACCCAGAACGUUCAUGGUGAGGAGAUUAUCGUGACAACAACGUCGCAGUUCGAGCAGCAGACAUUUGCAUCCAAGACUGAGUGGCGAACACGAGCCAUCGCAACAUCCAACUUGCGCACUCGAGCCAAGAACAUCUACGUGUCGUCAGUUGACAACGAUCUUGACGAUGUCACAUAUGUCAUGCCCAACAACAUUCUGAAGCGUUUCAUCACAAUUGCAGACCUCAGAGUGCAGGUGGCUGGCUACUUGUACGGUUCUUCGGCACCAGACAACGACCAGGUCAAGGAGGUCAAAUGUAUCGUCAUGAUCCCCCAGAUCGGAGGACUCCGCAAUGUUCAACUGCCACAGCAACUUCCCCAGAGCGAGUUCCUCGAGGGUAUGGAGCCUCUGGGUGUGAUCCACACCGUGUCUGGAAGUGAGCUUCCUUACAUGUCGGCUAUGGAUGUGACCGAACACUCAAAGCUUCUUGACGCGCACAAUGAAUGGGACAAGACCAACACUGUGACGGUCUCAGUGGCCUUCACACCUGGUAGUGUAUCUCUGUCAGCUUGGGGUCUUACCCCAGCUGGUUACAAGUGGGGAGCUGAAAACAAGGACACACAGAGUGAUCAGCCCCAGGGUUUUACUACGACAAUGGGUGAGAAGCGCAAGCUUCUGCUGAGCCCACGGUUCAGAGGUUUCUUCUUGGUGCCGGAUGACGGCAAGUGGAACUACAGUUUUAUGGGAAGCGCAUUUGCUGGCAUGGAGAAGAAGUCUGUCCACGUCAAGCUGGAUACGCCGCUACCAUUCUACAGCGACCAGCACAGACCUGUGCACUUCCACAGUUUUGCGGAACUGGAGGAUAUCUGGGUGGAUCGAUCAGAUAACUUUGCUUAA